UUGUAAAGUGAUAUUUUACAUGUUGUUCUUUGUAAAGUGAUAUUUUACAUUAUUAUUUUUUCUUUUUCUUUAUCUAGGUCAAGUUAGGGAGUGCGGUGCACUUGCGCCCUCUAUUGACCAGCCGCCACUGUGUGUGACAUAAUAAUCAAAUGAACAGAGCAUGGAUCAGAGAGAGCACAGAGAGGACGGAGCCCCUCCCUCUAAAACCACUCACCCCCCCAAAGCUCAGAGACCUGCUCCUGGGACCAGCGCCCACUCAUUCAACAGUGAUCGCUCUAAUGAUGGAGGGAUUGAUUUGAAAAGAGAACAUGGUCCACAGAUCCACCAGAAACAUCCUCCGUCUGAACCUGUUCCCAGCUGUGAGUCCCUCAGGAGUGACAGGUCUAUGUCACAGCCAAUAUUCUUCAGGAGAGAGCUAGGGGAGCAGCCGGGUCCAGAGGUCUCCAGUGGUCAGCACCAUCACACACAGCUGGACUCCAUAUUUAAGCUUCUGGAGGAGGACAUCUUCACUUUUGUCCAGAAGGAGCUGAAGAAGCUCCACAAGGUUCUGAGUACAGAUGAGCCAGAAGGUUUAGAUCCUGUGGAGGAUGAGGAUGAAGAGCAGAGGAGCUGCAGUGAGGCUGUUCUGAAGAUCACACUGAACUUCCUGAGGAGGAUGAAGCAGAAGGAGCUGGCUGAGCGUCUGAGGAGCAGGACUUCUUCUGGAGUUUGUCAGCGUAAACUGAAGUCUGACCUGCAGCAGAAGUUUGAGUUUCUGUUUGAGGGCAUCGCUAAAGCAGGAAACUCCAGCCUUCUGAAUGAGAUCUACACAGAGCUCUACAUCACAGAGGGAGGGUCUUCAGAGGUCAACCAGGAACAUGAGGUCAGACACAUGGAAACAGCCUCCAGGACACCAGGCCCAGCAGAGACAGCCAUCACAUGUGAAGACAUGUUUAAAGGCCCAGCUCACACACAUGGAGCCAUCAGAACAGUGCUGACAAAGGGAGUGGCUGGCAUCGGGAAAACAGUGCUCACUCAGAAGUUCAGUCUGGACUGGGCUAAAGGUGAAGCCAACCAGGACAUACAGCUGCUGUUCCCGUUCACUUUCAGAGCACUCAAUGUGCUGAAGGAGAGAAGCUUCAGCUUGGUGACACUUGUUGGUCACUUCUUUAGUCAAACACGAGCAGAACUCUGCAGCUUUGAAGACCUCCAGGUGCUCUUCAUCUUUGACGGUCUGGACGAGUGCAGACCUCCUCUGGACUUCACCAAAACCGAGGCCCUGAGCGACCCCACAGAGUCCGCCUCAGUGCACGUGCUGCUGGUGAACCUCAUCAGGGGGAGCCUGCUUCCCUCCGCUCGCCUCUGGAUAACCACACGACCCGCGGCGGCCAAUCAGAUCCCUGCUGAGUGCGUCUCCAUGGUGACAGAGGUCAGAGGGUUCACCGACCCGCAGAAGGAGCAGUACUUCAGGAAGAGGUUCAGAGAUGAGGCCGACACAAUCAUCUCCCACAUCAAGACGUCCAGAAUCCUCCACAUCAUGUGCCACCUGCCGAUCUUCUGCUGGAUCGCUGCCGCAGUCCUGGAGCAUCUGUUGAAAAGCAGAGAGAGAGGAGAGCUGCCCAAGACCCUGACUCAGAUGUACAUCCACUUCCUGGUGGUUCAGGCCAAAGUCAGGAACAUCAAGUAUGAAGCAGGAUCUGAGACAGACCCACACUGGAGUCCAGAGACCAGGAAGAUGGUGGAGUCUCUGGGAAAACUGGCCUUUGAGCAGCUGCAGAAAGGAAACCUGAUCUUCUACGAGAGUGACCUGAGCGAGUGUGGGCUGGACGCUGCAGCGGCCUCAGUGUACUCCGGAGUGUUCACACAGGUCUUUAGAGAGGAGCCAGGCCUGUACCAGGACAAGGUCUACUGCUUCAUCCAUCUGAGUGUGCAGGAGUUUCUGGCUGCUCUUCACGUCCAUCAGACCUUCAUCAACACUGGGAUCAACCUGCUCUCAGAGAAAACACAAAAGUCUACAAAGUUCAGUUUGAAAAAAAAACUAAAGCAUCUUCAUCAGACAGCUGUGGACCAGGCCUUACAGAGUCCAAACGGACACCUGGACCUGCUCCUCCGCUUCCUCCUGGGUCUUUCACUGUCGACCAAUCAGAGCCUUCUACAAGGUCUGCUGACACAGACAGGAAGUAGCUCCCAGACCAAUCAGAAAACAGCUAAGUACAUCAAGAAGAAGCUGAGUGAGGAUGUGUCUGCAGAGAGGAACAUCAACCUGCUCCACUGCCUGAAUGAACUGAAUGAUCGUUCUCUGGUGGAGCAGAUCCAAGAUUACCUGAGCUCAGGACGUCUGUCUGAAGGUGAACUGUCUCCUGCUGAGUGGUCAGCUCUGGCCUUCAUCUUACUGUCAUCAGAAGAAGAUCUGGACCAGUUUGAGCUGAAGAAAUACUCUGCUUCAGAGGAGUUUCUCCUGAGGCUGCUGCCAGUGGUCAAGGCCUCCACCAAAGCUCUACUGAGCAGCUGUAACCUGUCAGAGAGAAGCUGUGAAGCUCUGUCCUCAGUCCUCAGCUCCCAGUCCUCUAGUCUGAGAGUCCUGGACCUCAGUCUCAACGACUUGAAGGACUCGGGGCUGGAGAUGUUGUGUGUUGGACUGAAGAGUCGUCACUGUAAACUGGAACAGCUCAGACUGUCAGGUUGUCUGCUCUCAGAGGAAGGCUGUGCUUCUCUGGCCUCAGCUCUGAGGUCCAACCCCUCCCAUCUGAUAGAACUGGACCUGAGCUACAACCAUCCAGGAGACACAGGAGUAAAGCUCCUGUGUGCUCUACAGGAGGACCCCCACUGCACACUGGACACUCUCAGACUGAGCAGCUGUAACCUGUCAGAGAGAAGCUGUGAAGCUCUGUCCUCAGUCCUCAGCUCCCAGUCCUCUAGUCUGAGAGUCCUGGACCUCAGUCUCAACGACUUGAAGGACUCGGGGCUGAAGAUGUUGUGUGUUGGACUGAAGAGUCGUCACUGUAAACUGGAACAGCUCAGACUGUCAGGUUGUCUGCUCUCAGAGGAAGGCUGUGCUUCUCUGGCCUCAGCUCUGAGGUCCAACCCCUCCCAUCUGAUAGAACUGGACCUCAGCUACAACCAUCCAGGAGACACAGGAGUAAAGCUCCUGUGUGCUCUACAGGAGGACCCCCACUGCACACUGGACACUCUCAGACUGAGCGGCUGUAACCUGUCAGAGAGAAGCUGUGAAGCUCUGUCCUCAGUCCUCAGCUCCCAGUCCUCUAGUCUGAGAGUCCUGGACCUCAGUCUCAAUGACUUGAAGGACUCGGGGCUGAAGAUGUUGUGUGUUGGACUGAAGAGUCGUCACUGUAAACUGGAACAGCUCAGACUGAGCGGCUGUAACCUGUCAGAGAGAAGCUGUGAAGCUCUGUCCUCAGUCCUCAGCUCCCAGUCCUCUAGUCUGACAGUCCUGGACCUCAGUCUCAACCACUUGAAGGACUCAGGGCUGGAGAUGUUGUGUGUUGGACUGAAGAGUCCUCACUGUAAACUGGAACAGCUCAGACUGAGCAGCUGUAACCUGUCAGAGAGAAGCUGUGAAGCUCUGUCCUCAGUCCUCAGCUCCCAGUCCUCUAGUCUGACAGUCCUGGACCUCAGUCUCAACGACUUGAAGGACUCGGGGCUGGAGAUGUUUUUUGAUGGACUGAAGAGUCGUCACUGUAAACUGGAACAGCUCAGACUGUCAGGUUGUCUGCUCUCAGAGGAAGGCUGUGCUUCUCUGGCCUCAGCUCUGAGGUCCAACCCCUCCCAUCUGAUAGAACUGGACCUGAGCUACAACCAUCCAGGAGACACAGGAGUAAAGCUCCUGUGUGCUCUACAGGAGGACCCCCACUGCACACUGGACACUCUCAGGUAUGGACCACUUUACUGUGGACACAAAGACACUUUGACUAAACAUGUGGACAGGAUUUGACUAAGAAUCAAAGUGACUUAAAGUGUUUUUUCCUCUCAUCACAAACAUUAGAAAUGUCCAUUCAGCACAAAAACGAGUUGAGCUGCUGCGUCCUUCAUGCCCCAUGUGCUGUAUGAGCCAGUUACUGAUGCUGAGUGUGAAUGUGGUGUAUUCAUCAUCCUCAGGCCUCAGCUCAACAUCGUCACACAGAUCAAUAUAAAACCUUAGAGCUGUGAGCUGCAUUAAAGCUCCAUAUGACACUAUUUGAUGAUCUCUGUUCUAAUGUCGUUUCCUCAUCACAAACACACCUGGACUUGUCUUUUGUUUCAUUCACAUGUUUAACACACAAACCUGCACAUUUAGGCUGAGCUCUUCUCUCAAACAGAAAACACUCUGUGAUGUCAUCAUGUGGUGAUACAGGAAGUGCUCCACUGUGUUUUUAAAC